CCCCCGCGCCCCGAGCCUGCCGCAGGCAGAGGGGCCGGGAGCCCCGCCAGGAGCGCGGCCGGCAUGAGCCAGGUGCCGAGGAAGCUGCCGGAGGAGGAGGAAGAGGGGGACGAGGAGGAGGAAGAGGAGGAGGAGAUCGUGGGCUUGGCGGGCUACGCCGACGGGGCCGAGUCCUUCUCGGACGGCGACGCGGAGAGCGGCGGCGAUGAGGCGUUUUUGGAUUUCAAUGAUCCCUUCAGUACUGAAGUUAAGCCAAGAAUCCUACUCAUGGGAUUGAGAAGAAGUGGAAAGUCUUCCAUUCAGAAAGUUGUCUUUCACAAAAUGUCGCCGAAUGAGACUCUCUUCUUGGAGAGCACAAACAAGAUCUGCAGAGAGGAUGUUUCCAACAGCUCCUUUGUCAACUUUCAGAUAUGGGAUUUUCCUGGGCAAAUUGACUUCUUUGACCCUACGUUUGAUUAUGAGAUGAUUUUCAGAGGCACUGGAGCACUGAUAUUUGUUAUUGAUUCUCAGGAUGAUUAUAUGGAAGCAUUAGCUCGGCUGCAUCUUACUGUGACCAGAGCCUAUAAAGUGAAUCCAGAUAUCAACUUUGAAAUCUUUAUCCAUAAAGUGGAUGGUUUAUCUGAUGACCAUAAGAUUGAAACACAGAGGGAUAUUCACCAGAGGGCAAAUGAUGACCUUGCAGAUGCUGGAUUGGAGAAGAUUCACCUCAGCUUUUAUCUGACAAGCAUAUAUGAUCAUUCUAUAUUUGAAGCAUUUAGCAAAGUGGUACAGAAACUGAUUCCACAACUCCCAACACUGGAAAACCUGCUUAACAUCUUUAUUUCAAAUUCUGGGAUUGAAAAAGCAUUUUUAUUUGAUGUAGUCAGUAAGAUCUAUAUUGCAACAGACAGCACUCCAGUGGAUAUGCAAACUUACGAGCUCUGCUGUGAUAUGAUAGAUGUUGUGAUUGACAUUUCUUGUAUAUAUGGGCUUAAAGAUGAUGGCACUGGAACCCCUUAUGACAAAGAAUCAAUGGCAAUCAUAAAACUGAAUAAUACAACUGUCCUUUAUUUAAAAGAGGUGACAAAAUUCCUCGCUCUUGUUUGUUUUGUCAGAGAAGAAAGCUUUGAGAGAAAAGGAUUAAUAGACUACAAUUUCCAUUGUUUUCGAAAAGCCAUACAAGAAGUAUUUGAAGUAAGAAUGAAAGUAGUAAGAUCUCGAAAACAUCAAAGCCACCUACAAAAAAAUAAAAGACCCACUCCCAAUGGGACACCAAGAAUGCCACUGUAACUGAGGUUUUCUGGCAAUGUGGCAAGCAAAGUUUUCAUGAAGUUGAUGUGACUUCUGCAUCUCAUUGCACUGAGGGAAGAGGAAAACGAAUGGGACUGAUGUAUUAUAUGAAUUUUCCCUGAACGUUCAGAAAGCACUGUUUAAAUAUUUUUAUCCAAUCAGUUUUUUUCAUAUAGUGAGCACUUUGAGCAAAAUGUUGUAUAUAUAAACAUUGAGGUGAGCACUUGUAAGAAUUUUCUUAAUAUAUGCUGUAAACCUUUUUCAUGCCAUAUUAAGAAAAAACAGCUGUGACAGAAAUACUGGGUACAUAAUUUGCACUUUUUCAUGUUUUCCUUGUGGACUUGGACUUUGAUAAACUUAGUUUUUAUGGUGAUUUUGAUGCAUGGUGUCAGGUAAAAUGUAUGCUGUAGUUUAUUUACCUGCUACAAUCAAAUUGGUUAGUAAACAAUUAAGAAAAACUUGGUACAAUGCCUUUUUAAAUUUGUGACAGCUAAUACCUAACAUUCAUACAGAUCUAAUUUCAUAUAUUUUUCAAUUUGUAAACUGAAGAAUAAUAUUGAAGUAUUACAGCAAUAAGCACCUUACCAGGAAUCGUAACUGGUAGGUAAAUAUUAGCUUUUAUAAAACAGGCUUUUGGCCAAAUUUCAUCCGGAGUUCUCCUUAACACUGGUCAUGCCCUCUCUUGGGUCUGGUUUUAUUAUUUACCUCAGCAUAUACCACUAAAAUACCUUUCUAUAAAGAUGAUUGUUUUGUAAAAUGGCUCUACGUUGCACUGGUAUUUUUAUAAGGCUUCAGAGGAGUGUGUUGUAUCUGUACAGCUGGAUUUACAUUGCUAAGUUUGUGUUGAGAGCCUGCACGUGUACACUUGGUGCAAUGAAGAAUCUGUAUGUAUUUCCACCUGGCAUUCUGAUGUACUGAUAAGUCAUAAAGGUGUGAGCACUGGGUUCUGAUUCCCUCUAUCAGGGAUACAUCUGUGAUUGAAAUCAAGACGAGACCAUUAAAAUGAGGACUGGACAAUCUACCUGCUGUAAUAAUCAGCAUACAUCACUACUUUUUAUUUUAAUAUUGAAUAUGAGCAGAUUUACCCCAGGAUCCGCCAGGACAGCAGAGGACUCUCAAACCUAAAAAGAAGUAACGCUUUCCAUGUUCUGUAUUGAGUGGUUUUGUUUAAUUAGUGAUAAAAAAUUAUAAUUCCUUGA